AAUACGAAGAUUAUUUUCUAAUUUGCAUAAUUAAUAUGAGGGUUGACCAACGUUGUACGACACGCUGUUCUGAACCCGACCACACAAAUGGAUUGAGAAUCGGACUUACAGGGCCCAAGAUACGACUACCGAAUGAGGGAGUGGGGGAGUUACGAGACUUCGUCCGUUUCGCCUCUGUUCGCCGUUCGUCUGCCAGGGAGAGCGAGCAGCCGCAGCAACCGUCGAGAACCUCCGCCGCUGUCGCCGCCGUCGACGCUAGAGAUUCCGACCGACGUCCUCGCCUCGUCCCUCCGUCACGCGCAGCAGGCCGGCGAAACCAGGGAAGAGUUGCAGCGGCGAAUUCACUCCGAUUCAAGUUCAAUUCGUCGUUUUUCGAGGUAGGAACACGGAAUUUGAUGGGCAACCCGGAGGGCAGUGAAGUGGUGGUGGCGUGGAUGGCUCUUGUUUACUUUAGUAAUAAAACUACAUUAUUUUAUUUGCUUAUAUGGAUUGUUGGACGUUACUUUGGUUUAAUUAUGCUUCCGCGACUUUUGGACUUGUUUUAUUACUCCGAUAAAUUUUGGUUUAGCAUUAAGCUCCCACGGAUGAAUUUAUAAUUUAAUCAGUUGGUUAUUUGUUU